AUGUGCAAACACAUCCUCAAUGCCCAGGUUUCGAUUCGAUCCCCUUGUUGCCGCAAAUGGUUCGACUGCGCCGAGUGCCAUGGCGAACAAGAAUCACAUCCCCUCCUGCAGUCGCUUGAGAUGACAUUCGCUUGUAAAAAGUGCAAGAAGUGCUUCCGCAAGGACGCUCAGGAAUUCGAAGACUGCGACGAGUACUGCCCGCACUGCGAUAAUCACUUUGUCAUCGAGGCCAAGACGCCCAAGGCUGCGCUGUCUAUCGAGAGCGAGGAUGUGCGGGUGAACAACAAGAUGCUCAAGGAUGACAGGACGAAGCAGACAAAGCUGAGGAGCAUAUUCGACCCCGACCCGGAUACGGACAAGCUGGGUUGA